AUGCCUCCCAAGAAGACCACAAGUUCUUCAGCUGAAGGUGGCGAUGGAGCUAUUGCCGCCCUGUGCCAUGUGCUCAUGAACUGCGAUGACUUCAAGAUUGACACCCAUAAGCUCGCGCCAAUUCUCGGUGUGAGCCACCCCAAGAACGUACCCCGCAAGAUCAACGGCAUCAUCAGUCCGUACGGAUUCGAGUUCAAAGGUGGCAAGGUCGUCCAGUCCGGUAGCCAGGCUCCAGCUGGCACCGCCGGUCCCAGCAGCGCUCCUGAGAAUGGCAAGGGCGAGAAGACCAAAGCUCGCCAGGGUCCUGCUCCGAAAAAGCGGAAGCUUGCUGAUGACGAUGACAGCAGUGACAAGGAGUAA